AUGAACUUGAACGAGCACAUGUCAAGUCCCAAUACCUCAAUACAAUUAACGCCCUUCGGCAAGUUGCAACAAAGCAAGACGGUGACUCUACUUGAGUUUGAGACUGCAGUGGAAGUAAAGCCUAACACCGUUAUCCCAGCAUAUCAUGAAAGGGGAGCAAUUUUCGGAUCAAACGCUAUGCUGGGGCAUGAGUGUGGAGGAUAUGUAAUCGGUUGA